CCUUGGCGGCCACAGCAGACGUGGGGAGGCAGCUCCCAGUGGCACCAGGCUGCAACUUGCAGCUGGAUAAUCCCCCCCCCCCCUUGGCGUGUUAAAGGGGGGAGCCCUGGGGGGGGGCACACGACAACACCCCAUCAGACUGGCUGUGCACAGAUUCAUCCAGGAAAUGGCACCGAGAGGAGAGGAGAAAUCGCUCUGCCAGCCCCCUUGGAGCUGUGGAAGUCUCUAAGCUGGCAAGUUGCUGCAGAGGCUGGAAUGUGGAGACCGAGCCAGUAUCGUAAAGGCUUCAGCAUCACUAGCUCGGGCUAGUAGGACCGAGGGGCUCCUCUACCCCGGCCCGGGUUCAGGGCCUUCCUCCUCCUCUGAAACCACAGCUAAUCCUUCAGUUGGGGAUCAGAGAGCUAGAAAUCAAGGCCAUGCUUUGGGCCCCGAGCCAGUCUAAAAAGCUCUCCCAUAGAGGCCAGGGAAUAUAGCUGAAGGUCAUUGCACGCUGCCCAUCGUGAACCACCGGCUCUUGUGGGGCUGAUCCGUUAGAUAACAAGUGGCCCUUGGUGUUGAAAAUGGCUGGUGGCGUGGACGGCCCCAUCGGGAUCCCGUUCCCCGAUCACAGCAGCGACAUCCUGAGUAGCCUGAAUGAACAGAGGAACAACGGGCUGCUGUGUGACGUGGUCAUCUUGGUGGACGGUCAGGAGUUCCCCACCCACCGCUCAGUCCUGGCGGCCUGCAGCCAAUACUUCAAGAAGCUCUUCACCUCAGGGUUAGUGGUGGACCAGCAAAACGUAUACGAGAUAGACUUUGUGAGCGUGGACGCCCUGUCGGCCCUGCUCGAUUUCGCUUACACCGCAACCCUGACCGUCAGCACUUCGAACGUCAACGAGAUCCUCAACGCCGCCAAACUGCUGGAGAUCCAGGCGGUAACGGAGGUUUGCACGGAUCUCCUCGACAGGAAGAUUCUGGCCAAAAAUGACCAGAUGGAUUUAGUAGAUCAAAUUGAUCAAAGGAACCAUCUCAGAGCAAAAGAGUACCUGGAGUUCUUCCAGAGCAACCCCAUCAACGGCCACCAAGGCAACUUUCCAUGGACCAACGAAGACUUGAGAGACCUUCAGAGACUGAACUUCCAAGGGCAAGAGGACGAGGAGGAGCCGGAUUGCAACGGCAUGGACUUCUACUCACAAGCCCCCCCAAACGAAAGACCAAAGGUGAACGACGGUGACCCUGACAGCAACCAUGCCAUGUGGCUGAAAAGAGAGGAAGAGGAGGCCCCGGGAGCCUUAUUCCCACCUUCCCAGAAUGGACAUUACAGUGGACACGGCCUGACGGCACAAGGAGAAGAGGAGGCAGCUCUGGACCAGCAGGAAGCCAGCAACUCUCCCAGCUUCGUUCCUGGGGGAGCGGAGGCGGAGGAGGCUGAGACUCGAGAGGUGGACGGUCUGGCCGCCAGUGCCCUGCUGCAGCAGAUGAUCAGUUCCGUGGGACGGCAGCAGCUGGGUGAGGACGACCAGAAGGACGACGACGGGGUGAUGGAUUAUUACUUGAAAUACUUCAGCAGCUCUCACGAGAGCGACGUGUAUCCGUCCUGGUCCCAGAAGGCGGAGAAGAAGAUCAGGGCGAAAGCAUUCCAGAAGUGCCCCAUCUGUGACAAGGUGAUCCAGGGGGCUGGCAAACUGCCCCGCCACAUCCGCACCCACACGGGCGAGAAACCCUACGAGUGCAACAUCUGCAAAGUCCGAUUCACCAGGCAGGACAAGCUGAAAGUUCACAUGAGGAAGCACACAGGUGAAAAGCCGUACCUGUGCCAGCAAUGCGGGGCUGCUUUUGCUCACAACUACGACUUGAAGAACCACAUGCGUGUGCACACUGGCUUGCGGCCUUACCAGUGCGACAGCUGUUUCAAGACUUUCGUCCGAUCCGACCACUUGCACAGGCACCUUAAAAAAGAUGGGUGCAACGGCAUCCCAUCCAGAAGGGGGCGCAAGCCCCGGGUCAGAGAUGUGAGCGGCCUGCCCGCCCCCGCAGGGAACCCCGAAGACGGAAGCUUCGAAGCUGGUGGCGAGAGACAAGAAUCACAGGAGGACACCGAGCAGAAAAACGGCCAGGAGCAGCACUUUGAAGAUAGUUCUAACAAUGAAGCACCAGGAAGAUUGAAUGUAGCGGAGGGGUCGUCAGAGGGUAAAACACAAGGACUCUCCUAAACCAAAAAAAAAAAGAAAAAAAAAGUGUCACAAAAUCUAGUUAGUACUUUCCUCCGAUUUCUCUUUAAAAUAUUUCUCUCCCUUUUUAAAAGAUAUAUAUAUAUAUGUUUCCAAUCUUCCCACCAUAACCAGUCCCAUGGGGACACCUCGAAUAGCUAAGGACCUUUCGUUGGAAGGCCGAUGCUUAGGAAGUGUGAGAUCGGGAGGGUUGAAAGGUUGGUCUAGAACAUGGAAAGAAGCGUCCAUGCAAAUCCAAAGCUUUAUUUUGUGUCCAGACACACUUUAAAAAACGGCAGAGAUGCAUCUAUUUAAAAAAAAAACCAGAACAAUUCCAAGAGGUGAAUAGGUUCUUCCUGGACAGUCACUACAUUCCGUGCCUCCGUCUGACUGGAUGGGAAAGAAUUGAGUGCAGCUUUCUCUCCAUUGGAAAGUGAGAGCUCCUGAGGCCUGAGAUGGUCUUUUGUUGAUCGGGGAUUUGAUUCUGCCGUAGGGAGUUCAGAUCCUUUCUGGCCUGAUGCUGAGCAAAGUUGGCUGAACUCACCUGGUGCACAAUUUUUAUAAUGAUAAUUGGGGGGGGGGGAAACUGAUGAUAUUUUACAUAUUCAUUUUUUAAGAAUGAUUGCUCCCGCCACGUAGGUGGGCGAACAGAAUUUUGCAAGGCUGCUCCGAGCUGCCUAGAUGCCAGGUGAAACUGCGACUCUCCCCAGGAGGUUUAGAUUGGCGCUUCAUUCCCGACUGGGAGGCAGUUUAAUCCCGGCUCUGCCACAGAAUUGCUGGGUGACUUUGGGCCAAGUCGUUUUCCCUCUCCGGGGCGCAGCUCCCUCAGCUGGAAAAUGAGGCAAAUGCUGUUUUGUGUGAGGUUUGGGAAGUGCUUUGAGAUCUAGGGCGUGCACGUUGCGAUAAAGGUGCGAACUCCUUCUCGGCAGAUGAACUGGCCGGUUAGGGGUUACUACAUGAGGGUCUCUUGGACAAAAACGGCAGCCCUCUCUGCUCUGUGCAAAGAUCUUUGGGGCCCUUUGCCUGAGGAUGUUUGCAGAGCCCUUGGCCAACGUUCCCCCUCACCCACCCAUUGGGCAGCACAUGUUUAUGCCUCACUCUUGUCCUCCACCCCAGAGGUGGCUGCAUUUCCAUGAGUGCGGUUUGUAAUGUGUUGUAGCAUUAAAGGCCCUGUUUUAGUAAGAUAGCCUUGUGGCUACCAAACUUCUCUCUCCCCAGCACACUGCAAACCCUGCAUCAGGCCAGAACCUGAGCAAUCGAGUCAAAUUCCAGGCAACCUCAGAUGGAAUGGGCUAGUUCUGUACUUUGAUGACUUACUGCCUGGUCCCGUGCUUGGCAAAUUGUGCCCCAAUAGGAGAGGAGCAGAAGGUAGGUUUUUGCUAGAUCGGAUUGUUGCCUCCUGAAUCCGAACCUUGCCUUUCAAGACGCAGCAAUUAUUCAAUUCUCUCUGUUGAGUCAGACUCUGAUACUCCCCUUCCCCAGAGCUGAAGCUGGAGCCCCCUCUGAGAUAUGGCAGGAUUCUUCUUUAUCUUUGGGCCUGCUGGGAGUUAAUGAUCAGCAACUGACAAGAUGGGGCGGUCAGUCUUUUGCCACCCUGACAUGGAAUGGACAGCGGCCAUGUGACCAAGCUCUUAGCACUUGUUACAGCAGCUUUCACCCCAAGAUCUCAAAGCACUUCAUUAGAUGGUUCUAUUAAGUAAAAGAAUCUCUCAGAGCAGGGUAACCCCCAAGAUUUUAGGAAUCAAAUGAGAGCACCCUAAAAGCAGUUAAAACUUGAGUUUUUGGGGGAUUUUUUUUUUAAAGGGUUAUUUAAGGUCUCCCUGAAAGGCUUUGGUGUUGGGGUUUGGAAUUUAUCUCCUCUGGGGACCUCAGGCUGGGUCAUUAAAUGCACAGGCUUCUGGGAGGGGUAGUUCUCCAUCAGACGGGCACCAAUGUAUUUACUGUCCUGCGGAGGCAAAGCGGAAUGUAUUUAUUUGAAUAGCGGGCACUGAAAGACUGGCUCGGGGGAUGUGUACAGAGCUAACGUGGUGGGGUGGAGGAGACGGGCACCGGGGCUGACCGCACCUCAAGCCCCGUUGUCCUUUCCUUGCUGCGGUUACUAGGAGAGCGCCCGAAGCUUCACCCAGCGCCCGGUUUCAGUCCCAAAAAGAUGCGGGCGUGACCUGUGUGUGAGAUGAUCAGAAUCGCAGGCCACUGACUCCUUGACACGAAGGGGUUCAGGGCCUAAUGCUCGGUUACACCAAGGCCUUUACAACCGCACAAAAAGACCUUGAAAGUGGCUUGUAAAUUACUCCCACUGUAAUGGGGUCUUCGGUCUGGUCCACACACAGGGUUUUGUACCAGUAUAACUGUUUCAGGUAGGGGUGUGACUUUUGACUGAAGUAGUUAUACCAGUACAAUGCCUACUGUGGAUACAAUGAUACCAGUAUAAAGAUAUGAGAAGGGAAAUAAGCAACACGGGUAUAAGCCUCUUUCUACCAGUAAACUGCAUUCACAUGAGAGGGUUUGUACCCCUUUAACUCUUCCGGGACAGGUAAAGGGGUCCAGUGCCCUCAUGUGGACACUGAGGGUUGUUGGUGGUUGCUAGCCAGUCCCAGCCCUGUGAUCUGAAACAUCUGACAUGGGUCAGUCUCAAUCAAUCCCUAUUCCCCAGCUAUAUAGAGAGUCAAGUAUACAGAUAUAAAGUAAAUAUUGGUGUGAAUUACCCAGCUCCUCAGCUUAGCAGAGUCUAGAAAGGGCACCUUUCAGCCAUUCUCCUGUUUUUUAAAUGCACAGUUCAAAAUGAAAAGAGAUUCUAGUCCUUUUAUUUUGAAAGCACUUUUUAGAUUUUAUUUUAAUUUUAAAGUGAGAGCAGGUUUGGCCGAAUGUAAACUGGAGAGGGAGU